UCCGGCAGACGCGAAGUGCCACGUUGAUGGAGCCCAGUGGGGACGUGGAAAGCCGAGUCGAGAGCGAGCUCUACGGGGACCGCUAUCUACGAGUGGUCGCCGUCUUGUCUCGUCCUUCGGGGAGUACGGUAGUCUUUUAAACCCCACCGUAAAAAGAAGGAAAGGGGAGCAAAAACCGCUAUUUUCCAUUCAUUGUCUGCUCGCACGUACAGUGCCAGAAUCGGGAAAGUAAAGCAAGGAUGAAACUGAAAGAGAUCAACCGCACGGCCAUCCAGAGCUGGAGUCCAGCACAACAGCACCCUAUCUACCUGGCAACAGGCACGUCAGCACAGCAGCUGGAUGCUUCCUUCAGCACCAACGCGUCCCUGGAGCUCUUCGAGCUGGACUUGUCCGACCCGUCUCUUGAUAUGACGUCCUGCGGCAGCUUAUCUUCAUCUCACAGGUACCACAAGCUGGUCUGGGGUCCCUGCGGAACGGAGGCCACGGGUCACCCAGCCGGGUUGAUCAUCGCCGGGGGCGAGAACGGCAAUGUCAUCCUGUACGACGCCGCCAAGAUCAUCGCCGGCGAGAGCGAAGCGGUAGUGGCCGAGAGUGACCGGCACACGGGCCCCGUGAGAGGACUGGACGUCAAUCCUUUCCAGCCCAACCUAUUUGCGUCUGGUGGGAACGAGUCUGAAAUCUACAUCUGGGAUAUUAACAACUUUGAGUCACCUAUGACGCCAGGACCUAAAACACAGCCAGUGGAGGACAUCGGGUGCUUGUCAUGGAACCGGCAAGUCCAGCACAUCCUGGCUUCGGCCAGCCCGAGCGGUCGCGCGUCUGUGUGGGACCUCCGCAAGAAUGACCUCAUUAUUAAAGUCAGCGACCACAGCAACAGAAUGCAUUGUUCCGGGUUGGCGUGGAACCCAGAGGUGGCCACCCAGCUGGUUCUGGCUUCUGAGGACGACCGCAUGCCCGUCAUCCAGAUGUGGGAUUUACGAUUUGCUACUUCCCCUGUCAAGAUUCUGGAGAAUCAUACAAGAGGCAUCCUCUCCAUCACUUGGAGCGCAGCCGAUCCCGAGCUGCUCCUCAGCUCUGGCAAGGACAGUAGGAUCCUGUGCUGGAACCCCAACACGGGCGAGGUGCUUUAUGAGCUGCCUUCCGGUAGCCAGUGGUGCUUCGACGUGCAGUGGUGUCCCAGGAACCCGGCGGUGCUGUCGGCCGCUUGCUUUGAUGGACACAUUGACGUCUACUCCAUUAUGGGCGGCAGUAGCCAGGCGCAAAGCCAGAGGCGUGCAGACCAGAUCAGCAACUCCUUCGGCAACAUGGAUCCUUUCGGGACAGGACAAACUUUACCUCCACUCCAACUACCUCAGACAACAGCCCCCUCUGCUAGCGUCAACCCCCUCAAGAAGCCCCCUAAGUGGAUCCGCAGGCCCGUCGGGGCGUCAUUUGCCUUCGGCGGGAAGCUGGUGUGUCUGGAGAACGGUCCGGCAAACGGACAACAACCCGGCGGCCCCCGUUUGGUUCACGUCAGCCAGGUGGUGACGGAGACCACCUUCUUGACGCGGUCCGAGCAGCUCCAGGCCACAUUGAGCGCCGGAACCUUCCAGGAAUUCUGCCAGGAGAAGAUCCAAGCUUCUCAGGAUCAGUUUGAAAAAACUGUCUGGUCUUUCCUCAAGGCCAACUUUGAAAGUGACAUCCGCAGUCAAUUCUUGGAGCUUCUCGGCUACAACAAAGAGGAGCUCAGUGCCAAGAUAUCCGCCACGCUGGCGGGGAAGCCUUCCGUCGCUCCGACACAAGUGCUGGAAAAUCCAGAGGCGGUGUUCGACAUGAUCGCCACUGCCAACCAGGAGGCCACAGUAGAUGAGCCGGAUCAGACCGAGGAAACUCAGGUUGAAGAAGAGGACGGGAUUGCCCUGGAAGAGGAGGUACCGCUAGAUGAAGAAGAGGAAGAGGAGGAACCUAAGACCACCACCAAGAUGGAGGAGCCUAAGACCACCACCAAGAUGGAGGAGCCUGAUGAAGCUCCUGCAGAGGAAGUCAACCUCAACAUUAGUAAAGACGUAGAUGGCCUUAUCACACAGGCCCUACUGACGGGUGACUUCGAGGCGGCCGUGGAGCUCUGUCUCCAUGACGACCGCAUGGCGGACAGCAUCAUCCUGGCCAUCGCUGGCGGUGCCGAGCUACUGGAGAAGACCCAGAGGAAAUAUUUCCUCAAGACGCAUGGCAAGAUCACGAAACUUAUCAGCGCCGUGGUGACCAAAGACUGGCGCGACGUCCUGACCACGUGUGACCUGCGCAGCUGGAGAGAGGCAAUGGCGGCCGUCAUGACCUACGCCAAGCCUGACGAAUUCUCUACACUCUGCGACCUCCUUGGCGCCCGUCUAGAAGCGUCGGACGAGGCCGAUCUGCGAGCUCAAGCCUGUUUGUGUUACAUCUGCGCCGGCAACGUGGACAAACUGGUGGCGUGCUGCAAUGCCGCUGGACAGAGACACUGUCCGCUAUCCCUACAGGACCUGGUGGAGAAAGUUGUGGUACUCCGGCGCGCCGUGGAGCAGACACAGCGCUCGCUUCCCAACGCUAACUUCGGCGUCCUGCUAGCAGAAGAAAUGGGUCGCUACGCUGGCCUUCUGGCCUCGCAGGGCAGCCUGUCCACAGCCAUCAGCUACUUGCCAGACAGCAGUGGACAGGUGGUUGUACAGCAACUCCGUGAACGCCUGAGUCGGGCUUUGGGUCAGCAGGCAGGUCCGGUUCAGACCCCUAGACCUCAACACGCCACACCUCAGCCUCUCCAUACUUUCACCCCGGCCCAAGCUACUGUUCCUGUCGCGGCGCCUGUACCCGCCUCCAUUCCGGCCCAACAGCAGUAUUUCCAACCUGUAAGGUCCGCUUCCACUGUCACUUCGUGGAGUAACCAGACGCCGACAGCCCUCCCCAACGUCCCACCUCCCAUUCAAACAGGCCCUACUUCUGAGCAACAGCAGUCCCAUCAGACAGAACCACCAAAACCCACGUAUGGGAUGCCGCCAUCUGGCUCAGCCCCGCCAGCCUCCGCCGCCCCUGCUUACAUGUACUCCCAGCAAUACCAACCUCACUCUCAGGUCCAGCACUUCCCACCUGGAGCCUAUCAACCUCUUCACUACUCUGAGCCCCCUUACCCACCUCAGCCACCCGGCUUCCUGAACCAUUGCCUGCCUUCCUCUUCUUCUUCCUCCCUUCCUCCAUUCUCUCCCACCUCCUCCUCUUCUGGAGCAUCUUUCCAGCAUGACGUGCCGGGCUCCCCUGGGUCCUACGUGCCGCUUACUCCAACUGGAGGAGUCUCAGGUCCUCAGAAUGGUUGGAAUGACCCACCGGCCCUGAGCAGAACAUCUAAGAAGAAGAUUCCAGAGAACUACACCCCACCAGCCCCCAUCACAGCUCCCAUCAUGGCUCCUCUGGGAGCAGACCCUCACGUCAUGCCAACACCCUCAGGAGUGCCGCAGGGCUCCAUCCCAGGGGUCCAGCAGAUCCUACCACAGACUCUUAACCCAAGCGUACCUGCCGAGGGAGCACCCGGCGGGCCAACGGGUGAUUGCGUUCAGCCAAUGCAGUCGAUCCCCGCUGAGAAGAUCACCAAAAAACCCAUCCCAGAGGAACACCUGAUCUUGAAGACCACCUUCGAGGGUCUGGUCCAGAAGUGCUUGGCCGUCGCUACCGACCCGCAAACUCGGAGAAAACUGGACGAUGCCAACAAGCGUCUGGAGGCGCUCUACGACAAACUGCGUGAGGAGACGCUUUCUCCCGCCAUCGUGGGCGGUCUGCACGAAAUGGCCCGCAGCAUUGAGGCGCGGGCCUACGCCGAGGGUCUGGGCAUCCAUACGCACAUCGUUAGCAGCAGCAACUUCAGCGAGACAUCGGCAUUCAUGCCCGUCCUCAAGGUGGUGCUGACGCAGGCCAACAAGAUGGGCGUGUGAGCCCGCGACAUGCAGCCGAUCAAGGGCUAGUUUUUUCUCUUUGUUUCCGUUACCAAUCACGCCGAUGGCUUUUAAAUCGACUUUAUAUGAAGCGACCGAUGACUGGAAGAAAAAGGGAACAUUCCGGACAUCUCGAUGAAUAGAAUUAGGCUGAUUUUUAAGUCUUUUUUUUUUAAUAUCCUCUUUGUCUUUGUCAGCUUAAUGGCUUAAAAUGAUUUUUUCAGCAGCUAGUCACACUUGGUUAUUAUUUUUUCAAUUCACCUCCACUUAAGUUGCUAAUCCAGAGCAACACGGAGGUUUCUCAGCACUUUUUCCACAUUUUGUCAUAAGCUUUUCUCCAAAACUUAGCAUUUUUCGUUUCAAGUAAUGAAAAUAAAUCAGCUGUAUUUUUUUUUUUCCAGAUUUUAUAAUUAAUUUUGCAAGUACAAGCUCAAAAUAUCGCCAACUGGAAGUAGUCGCAGUCAUGUGACAAUUGAUUAAAACUAUAUUAUAAUAUUAGUUAUUUCACUUCAAACUGAUUGGACGGCUAUUCGUGAUAAACUCAUUCCACUUCACAGCAGAAUGACAAAAAGAGAUUGCUAUUCUGUUUAUUCGUCCUGUAGAAUAUCCUCGAAUGGUUUCCUGAACCAUAUGUCGAUAAUUGAUGUAUCGUCAUCGUGAGCCUUGGAUCACAAAUUGUAUCGUGAGGCACAUGGAAUAUUUUCAAUUCAUAAUAUUUAUUUACAAGUUAACUAGCAGUAAAUUUGUGCCACUAGAUGUUCAGUUAAACAGGAAGAAAGUGAAGAUAAACAAAGUCACAAGGAUGGCACAUUUUUACUGUAAGACUUCAUUGGGGACAAAUUUCACAACCAACGUUGAGGUUUUUUCAGAUGCAAAACCAAAUUUAAAAAAGUACAAUUUUUGAGGUGAUUUCAAGUUAAGCUCUGCCGGUCACUUCCAGCUGGCCGAAUGACGUGAUGACGCGGUAGUGCGCCGCUUCCUCCUCCGUCAGCUCGGUGUUCCCCGGCCGCACCACCACCACUGCGUUGACGCCGGCGUCCUCCGCCGCUUUGGCCUCUGCGAGCGCACGCCGGUAUGUUACUCUUGGUCACCGUGACAAUUGACGAUAAUUUUAUAGGGGGAAAAAAUUACCUCGCGUGACAUCCGUAAGGAAGGUGAUUUCUUCCGCCGGACAGCCGAUCCUCUCGGCGAUCCUUUCGUAGCUUUUGGCCUCUACUUUGGCGCCGACUGCCGUGUCGAAGUGACCGUCGAAUAGCUGGGGAGAGAGACGGUCAGUCACUAGGAUGGAGUAUUAGGCCCAAACAAAUUGAGAGUAGGACUACCUGAAUGAAGUACCGUAAUUUUCUGACUAGAAGCCGCUACUUGUUUCCUUCAUUUUGAAUCCUGCGGCUUAUCCAGUGAGGCUUAUUUGUUGAUUUAUUUGGUUAAUAGGCAACACAUGCCUCCUAGCAUGCAUUGCAGUGCUACUGAUGUAAAUAACAAGAAAAAAUAUGUUCUGUGCUAAUUAUUUAGUUACUGUUUCAUUCAUUGCUUGUUAUGGUAUUUGGUAACUUUAUUUGACAUUGGCAUCAUAAAACUGUCAUAAGACAGAUAUUAAUAAUUAUGGUGAAAUUUAUAAGAUAUUUAUGACAUGACACCAUCAUGGGCAUUACUGAACAGUGUUGUUAAUAACGGCGUUAGCAUAUAACGGCGUUAUUUUCUUCAGUAGUGAGUAAUCUAAUUAAUUACUUUUCUCAUCUUGGCAACGCCGUUACCGUUACUGAGGCGGGAAAGGUGUGCGUUACUAUGCGUUGCGAUGUUGGUUGACUGACGCCAGAAAAGUCUGAAAAAGACGGACUCACGGAGACGAGAGAGCAGAGCAGGAGUGGGAAAAAGGCAAAGGAGUGUGACGCCGUUGCAAACGCGAUGCUACUAUGCUAGUUGGCUCCAAUAAUACCUGACUGUAGCCGAUAGCCUACAAUCUACGCCCGCAUGAUGCUUCGGUAGAUAUCACAUAUAUACAGAACUAGAUGCAAAUGACAGACACGGCGGCAUUAGCAACAAGUAUAAUAAAGAACUAGAUGCGUUAGUAAACAGCCGCCAUCUUAAAGCAGUAGACUUCUCAAGAAGGCUCUGUUGUAGAGAACAUUCCUAGCGAACCUAAGUAACUUUUUAUCUAAAAUACUCCUAAAUCGGCAAAACUGAACUUAAAUCUAUCUUUGAAUGAUGAAACUGUUUUAAAACUUACACAUGUCGAAAAUAGACAGAAGGGAACUAAUGCAAUAACGGGAGGAAUUUUAACAACUUUAACGGUUGAUUCACAACAUUAAAUGGCUUCCACACAUAGCAAAGGUUACUGUCUAGUUAUCGCAAUUUCUGCAAUACCCCUGUGUCUAGUUAAGUUUAGGGUGAAGAAUUGGGCUUGGGCCAAUUGUCCAAAAAAAAACCUUUAACUUCAUUGUUUUUGGUUUUUUUUUUGACAAAAAAAGACAAAUAAUCACCAGGUACUUUGCCAAGUAACUAAUUACUCUUACAUUCAGGUAACUGAGUUACUAACGCAAUUACUUUUUGGGAGAAGUAAUUUGUAACUGUAAUUAAUUACUUUUUUAAAGUAAGAUUAACAACACUGUUACUGAAUGUGUAUGACAAAUGUCCUUAACUCAUUCACUCCCAGCCAUUUUCACCGGAGCAAGGCCCUUCGCUCCCGGCCAUUUUACUGGAUUUUGACUGAUUUUGCAAGGCCAUAGAAAAUCCUGUUCUAUUGCUAUAUACACAUGGAACCCACCAAAAGAAAGAUUACUCUCUUCUUUCAGCAGGAAAAAAGUAAGUUCAUAUAUUUUUAUAUUAUUUAGAUAUCAACAUGAGAAAAUUGCGUAGAUUGAGCAAUUUUCCAAUUUCUGAUGAAAAAACAGAGAAAUUGAAUUUUUUGUAAAAGCAUAUAUUUCAAACAUAACUUUAACACUGCUAUUUUUUGCUUUUGUGACAUCCCAAAAAUCUGAAUGUUUUCCUUCUACAAAAUAACAUAAACAACAAGACAAAUAGAGCUUUUGAUAGCAAAGUAACAAUUCAUUUACACAUAAGUAAACUAUUGAACUGAGAGAUGAUGCUGUUGUGGCCGCGCCUGUAUCGGCAGACGGGGCGAAUUUUUCCCUCAUCACCGCCUGUCUGUCUCAUCAAGAUAGAUUUUUAAAAAUCUUUCUUUUGUAGUGACCACUACCUCAUAACAGAAUUCACGUAGGGAACUUGUAUGGGGCAUGUGUUUACAUCGUUCUCCACAUUUUUCUCAAGCUUCUUAAUUCUUCCAACUUCCGUUUCCUGACUAUUUCUCUUCAUUUCCUUUCAUGGUCCGAUAUGACUUCUUACCAAAUGCACUGCUGCCCUCCAGUGGCCAGUUUUAUUGCUUUAAAAUGGAUUUUGAGCGUUGUGCCUUGGAGCGAACUUGCAUCAGAACCUAGAAAAGUCUCUUGUGGGAAAAAAAAAACGUAAAAGACGUAUAAAUACGUUUUUGGGACACUGAAACAAUUAAAAAUAGAACUUAUUUAUACGUUUUUGGGAGCAAAUGAGUUAAGUGUCAUCCAGCAAAUUAUGUUACUAACACCAUUUCGUUCCAGCUCAUAUUUUACAUCUAUUCAAUUGUGAGAUAAUUUGCCAAAUUACAUCUGUUAUAAGCAUUCAUGAGUCUUAUGGCGCCACUGUCAAAUAAAGUGUUACAAAAUACCAUAACUAGCAAUUAAUGAAACAAGUGGAACAGUAACUGAAUAAAUCAUUAGCACAUAACAUGAAUUUUGAUUGUUAUUUACAUCUGUAGCUCUGCAAUGCAUGCUGGGAGGCAUGUUGGACGACAAAUAUCAAAUUGUUACCGGUUAAUAUUUUGGUGUAAAUAUCCAAUAAUACAGUGAGGACCGCUGCGGCGUACCUAUGAACAAAUGCCAUUUUCGUGUCACAUUCGGUGGGUUGCGGCUUAGUCAGGUGUGCCUUAUAGUGUGAAAAUUAUGGUAAUCCAUCAUAAUAUUACGAGAAAAAAGUCAAAUGUCGUAAUAUGUGAUUGAUGUCGUCAUGUAAUACUACGAGAAAAAAAGUGGAGAAUAAAGUCAUAUGUUAUCAUAUGAAAAUUGACGUAGUAUGAGAUUAGUCA